GGAGGGAAGUCGCAUGGAAGGUUCGGAGGCGCGGUCGAGUGGCCAGUGUGGCAGUCCCGUCAUGGACCGCACCAAGCCUUGGCAAGAGCGGCUCUUGAACCUGCGGGUGUCCCCCGGCAAGCUGUUCCUCGGGGCCUUCCUCGCCCGAGUGGCCCUGGUGUUCUAUGGGGUCGUCCAGGACCGGACGCUGCGCGUGAGGUACACGGACAUCGACUAUGAGGUCUUCACGGACGCGGCGCGCUUCGUGGCGGAAGGGCGCUCCCCGUAUCGGAGGGCGACCUAUCGCUACACCCCGCUGCUGGCCUGGGUCCUCACCCCCAACGUGCACCUCAGCGAGCUCUGGGGCAAGUUUGUGUUCGUCAGCUGCGACCUCCUCACGGCGCUGCUCGCGUACCGGCUGCUGCUCCUGAGGGGGCUCGGGUGGCGCCAGGCGUGCGGCUACUGCGCCUUCUGGCUGCUGAACCCGCUGCCCAUGGCGGUGUCCAGCCGAGGCAACGCAGACUCGAUCGUCGCCUCCCUGGUGCUCAUGGCCCUGUACCUGCUAGAGAGAAGGCUGGUCGCCUGGGCCGCCGUCCCCUACGGGGUCGCCGUGCACAUGAAGCUGUAUCCCGUGACCUACGUCCUUCCCAUCGCGCUGCACCUGCUGCCAGAGCGGGACGAGGGCCCGCCCGGGACUUCUUUCCCGGCCCGUUUGUGGGAACUCGUUAGGAGGAUGUGUAGCCGGGCUGUGUUGCUUUUCGUAGCACUUGCUGGAUUCACGUUUUUUGCCCUGAGCUUUGGUUUCUACUAUAAAUACGGUUGGGAAUUUGUGGAACACACCUAUCUUUAUCACCUGACCAGGAGGGACAUCCGACACAACUUUUCCCCCUACUUCUACAUGCUGUAUCUGGCUGCGGAGAGCAAGUGGAGUUUCCCGUUGGGAAUCGCAGCCUUCCUGCCACAGCUCGUCUUGCUUUGCGCUGUGUCGUUUGCCUAUCACAGAGACCUUGCCUUUUGUUGGUUCCUCCACACGUCCAUUUUCGUGGCCUUUAACAAAGUCUGCACCUCCCAGUACUUUCUCUGGUACCUCUGCCUUCUGCCACUCGUGAUGCCACAAGUGAGAAUGCCUUGGCAGAAGUCCCUGGGCCUCCUCAUGUUAUGGUUUGUGGGGCAGGCCUUGUGGCUGGCACCUGCUUACGCUCUCGAGUUUCAAGGGAAGAACACCUUCUUGUUGAUUUGGUUAGCUAGUUUGUGCUUUCUUCUUAUCAACUGUUCCAUCCUGACUCAAAUGAUUUCCCAUUACAAGGAAGGACCCCUGGCAGGCAGAAUCAAAUGUGACUGAAGUAUGUUCUGGAUUUUCUGCCACGUUGUCUAUUACAUGUUGAUCUGUGUGCACCAAAAGAGCACUUUGGAAUUUUUUUUUCUGGACACUUUAAGUACUCUAGUGAAAACUGUCUUGUUCCAACAGAAAUCAAAACCAGCAUUUCCCUUAUAUGUACAUAGUGAGGACUCGACAAUUGAAGCCAUUCUCUAGGAAAUCUUAGGGUUUAGUUGUUACUCUGUGGGAAGUGAAAAUCACUUGUAUAGAAAUGAAAAAGGCUGAUGAAACUGUCAGAUGCUUCCUAAAAUGAACUUACUGAAUAAUAGAGGAAUAUAAAGAGACAGGAUCUAAGCCGGUACUUAGUAUUUGCUCCAGGUAUGUUAUCAAAUUAAGUUGUUAAAAAUCUUUCAGUUCCUAUUUUUUCUUUCUAAAGCAUUCCUGGCAAUGUGAAAAUUCAUGAAGUAUUCCUGGUUAAAUUCACCGACUCCCAGGGAAAGAACACAUCAGCCACAUAUAGAAAAGAGUUUAGAUAGCCUUUAUUCCAGGGAAAUUUGGUCAUGGGCUUCCCUUCCCCAUGUAGUAGAGAAACAGACAUGUAGGAAGGAGCUACAGAGGAAGAGAAAAGAGCCAGGAAGAAACGUGCAAGGAAGUUUUAAACCCUUCUUGACACAGAAACUGAAAUGGGGAUUGCUUUGGCAGGGCGCUUUGACUUUUAUUUGGUGGAGAAUAUUGGUUAGUGUCUGUCAUUGGUGCAUCAGUGAUUUCACUGCCUCGGGCUGUCAGAAUUCUGUCAUCCCUUUCUGGUCCCAGCCUGAGGUUAGAGUGACACUGGGCUCAAAGCAAGCCCUGCCUUCCUCUGGUAACCAUGGCAACCAUCAUUCCAGCCUUUUGGUAAAGGGAAAGAGGGUGACAAAUGCAGGGCUCCCUCCCCACAGAAUCCAUCCUCUAGUACCUGGUUGUCAGAAAGGGUGAGCCAACUGCCUGCCAUCCAGCCUCCCUGCAUGCAAGAGACAAACAGACGCAGCAGGCGUUCCAUCUGAGCAGUUCUGGUUUAUUUGGGAAAUGAACACUGUUGUAUGGAACAGUGAACAGUCUCAGGCCAGGAAUUCCAAGAGAGGAGAAGAACUAGGAGUCAGUGUCAUCAGCACGACUGUGGAAGCCACCUCCCAUAGGCCAGGGGCAGAUGAACAUGAGGAGCACAGAAAUGGUCCCUGGCCAAUCAGUCUUUCUUUAAAGCAACUGGAUCCUUGCCUUGGUUCACGCCCAGGACUCUUCCGUUAGCCACCAUCUUGUGACUUAGUGACCUAUUUGCCCUUGAAUCCCACAAAAUUGAUCAUUGAUCUAGCUACUUCCUGCUGAAGAAGGGUGUUGUCCCUAAGCAGGUCUGGAAGAGGUUUGUGAGCACCUUUGUGUAGGGACGGAGCAGCAUUUGGUUGAAGGUGAUCCAUGAUGCUUUUUGGAUUUUCUUCUGAAUGAACCUUAGGAAACAAGGGGCAAUAGUUAAUAAGAGACCUAUAAUUACUAGUGGAAUGAGUAUUGGAAUAAGACAUGACAUAAGUGGGGAUCCCCAGUAUUAAGACUGGAGUUGCUGCCUGAAUUGUGCAGAUUAUUGAGUCUGUUUAGUUAAUGGAAGGGAGAGGAGAAUUAUUAGUAAGAUCAGAGGCAGGGAAGGCAUCUUGGCAAUUAAAGGCUAGUGUGGUAGACUCUGUCAUUUCUUGUGCCACUAGGUCUGUGGAGGACCAAUGUCCCCAGCAGCGGAUGAUCACCACCUGUGUCUGGAGAGAGAGGACAUGAAGAAGUUUAUUAAUCAAAGAGGCAGUAAUGAUAGGAUUGCCCUUGGUGGUAAGGAAUCCUCUCUCCUGUCACAUGGCAAAAUGGGGAGGCGAUUGGGCUCCAGGGCAGACUCAGGGAUGACUACCACGUAGGCUGCGUGGUGGCAACCAUCAGGGCACCACAUUGAGUUGCGGUCCACAAAAAGAGUGAAUUCAAGUGACUAGAGGCCGGUAGGAGACAGAAUUCGAGGAUGUUUCUCCUGUUUAAAUCUUCAAGUGCAGUGUUCUCUUGGUGAUGGUCUCCAUCUGGUGGGGGAGGAAUGGGAGGCUCCCAGGCCUACAAAAGAAGCUGGUUAAUGGUUUGGUUAGAAAAAAAUGUUAAUUUGAGUGGCUGACACAGGAAUGAAGGCAGAGGUUAGGUUUUAAAAGUCCUUUUGAAAAGAUGGCUUGGGUCUCCCUGAAG